AUGGCGGAAGUCCUCCCAGCCGAUGCCGAUGGCAAAACUUCAGCUUCUUCUCAAAGCAACGACAAGUGCAUCGUCGAGCCGGCUAUCACUGAGGUCCUCCAAGAGGCACCGAAACGAACAUGGAAAUCUUAUUUGUGGGACACCUUCGACAAGUCUCCAAAGGAACGUCGAUUUCUCUUCAAGCUUGAUGCGGUAUUGAUGACAUUGACAUCACUUGGUUACUUCAUUAAGUAUUUGGAUCAGGUCAACAUCAACAAUGCAUUCGUGUCUGGCAUGAAAGAAGAUCUCAGCCUGUAUGGGAAUGAGCUCAACUAUAUGCAAAUCUACGUCCUUCGCUUCUUCAUUGGCCUUGCAGAAUCCACCUUUUAUCCCGGGAUGCAAUACAUCAUUGGCUCCUGGUACCGCAAAGACGAAUUGGCCAAGCGUAGUUGCUUGUUUCAUGCAAUGGGAAACGUUGGGUCAAUGGUUUCUGGCUAUCUCAUGGCUGUUGCCCAUAAUCUUGACGGCGUGCAUGGCUAUCACGGCUGGCAGUGGCUGUUCAUCACCAACACUAUCGUGUCCCUUCCGAUUGCCAUUUCUGGAUUCUUCUUCCUGCCUGACUUACCAGAAAUCACAAAAGCCUGGUACUUUACUCCCGAUGAAAUCGUCCUAGCUCAAAAGCGCAUGCAACUGGAAGGACGCGCCCAGAGGGCGCCUUAUACGAAGGCAAAGUUUGUCAAGAUCUUUUCCAGUUGGCAUAUCUGGACUCUGGUCAUUCUUUAUAUUGUCUUCAAUAACGGCAACGGAGGAAACUCUCAACCCGCAUUUCCCUUCUGGCUGAAGUCUGAGGGUUACAGUCUUCGCGAAGUCAACAUCUAUCCCACGAUUACCGAGGUAGUCAGCAUUAUCACUCCAUUGAUCUACGCAUGGACCUCAGACAGUCUGUUUCGGGGAGCUCGCUGGCCAGCUAUCGUCUUUUCAGGGCUAGUCAAAAUUAUCGCUUACGUUCCCUUAACAAUUUGGAAUGUGCCCAACAGCCUCAAAUGGGCAUGCUUCAUCUUGUGUGGGUUUGGAGGAGGAAUCAGUGGCCUGACAUUCGCCUGGGCCCACGAAAUCUGCAGCGAUGAUAACGAGGAAAGGGCUUUGGUCACCGGGGCCAUGAAUCAAAUGGCCUACGUCUUUCAGGCAUGGCUGCCAUUGGUGAUUUGGCAACAGGUCGAGGCCCCUGCAUACCCCAAAGGCUACCCAAGCAUGGUUGCCCUUUCAAUCGUUCUGAUCGGCAUUGCCUUUGUCAUUCGUUUCUUACACAAGGGGGAGAUACGUCUCAAAGGUGCACUUGGGCCGAAUCCUGCUUGA